UCUUUCAGAUCUGCAUACAGACCCACAGUCAGAGACAUCGACUACAGGGUUCUGCUGCGCUUCCCACAGAAGGUCAGAAACAUGGGAACGACUGACUUCCUGCCCGUCAAACCCAGACAUCAGUGGGAGUGGCACAGCUGUCAUCAGCACUAUCACAGCAUGGAUGCGUUCAGUCACUAUGAUCUGCUGGACAUCAACACCGGACUGAAGGUCGCUGAGGGUCACAAGGCCAGUUUCUGUCUGGAAGAUACGGGCUGUGAUCCUGGAUUUCACCGCAGAUACGCCUGCACCGCACACACACAGGGUUUGAGUCCAGGCUGCCACGACACAUACGCUGCCAACAUCGACUGCCAGUGGAUCGACAUCACAGACGUCCCUCCUGGAAACUACAUUCUCAAGGUCACAGUCAAUCCAGACUUCCUGGUGCCCGAGUCUGACUUCUCCAACAACGUUGUGCGAUGUGAGGUCAUUUACACCGGCGUUUACAUCCAAACCAGAAACUGCGUCUUAACUGGAAUGUAAAGCCCUUGGGUCGGAGGUGAUUUUUAAAGGCCUAUAUAAUAGGUUUAAUUAUAGGAAUUUAAUUCAAAGCUUUUUUUAGUAACUUGAAACACUCUGUAUAGUUGUUGGAGUAAUAUUUAUGACUAGUGUACUGUAUCUAUUUUAGAUGAGUUUGAUUUCUUGCCCUAGUGCAAGCAAUUUUAAGUCAAAUCUACAUGUGUUUGUGAUGUUUGCAUUAUAAUAGAAUGUAAUUUUACAUUUAUUUUAAAUGAAGAACUAUUAAUGAAUA